AUGGAUGAAUCGGAAGAUGACCGGGUACGACAUAAUAAAAGAUUGAAUGUUUGUGACACAUCACUGAUAAAUUUGCUUAGGUUCCCUCCAACAUACAUACCAAUCAAGGAGGAAAAUCAAUAUUGGGUUGAUGAUACAAGAUUCUUGCUUUCUGGGAAAUGGUGUGAGACAAAAGCACUAUCUGCCUUAGAAAUUGAAGAGAUAGCAGGCUCAUUAAAGUUGUUCGUGCCAGUGUGUUUAAAAGAUCAUUGGAUCCUCAUUUGCGUCGACAUUGAGAAACAAGCAUUGCUAUGCCGAGUUGAUUGUGGCAUAUUUGUGAUGAAGUAUGCUGAUUGUCUUGCACAUGGAAAUCAUUUCCCUUUUACCCAAGAAGACAUACCUCACUUUCGACAUCAAGUCUUUCUUGACAUAUACCGUGGGAGAUUACCUAUUGCUGUCUCUAUUUUGGGUUUUCGAAAGGUGGAUCAACAGCCGCAGCAACAGAACUCAUCUGUUGGCGCCUGUGAUGAGGGUGAAAAAUUUGGGCUUGAGGAAGAGGUAGAGAAGCUUAAUAGGGACAAGAACGUCCUUAUGCGAGGACUUAUUAAGUUGAGGCAGUCGCAAUGUGACACGGAUAUCCAGUUGCAAGCCACGGUGAAACGACUUCAAGGGACAGAGCAGCGUCAGCAACAGAUGAUGUCAUUCCUCGCAAAGGCUAUGCAGAGCCGAGACCUGCCUAAUUUUGCUUCUUAA